GAUGGAGAGUGAAAGAAAAAGGAGAGACGAGGGAGGGAAAGGAGAGUGGGUGUGUCUGACUCUGCUUGUCCCCUCCUUCCGUUACAGAGGUAUAGAUGGUGCAGGAGCAGCCUGCUGCGUCCAGACGUUCAGUCCGGUGAGCUGCACUAGUCCUGAGAGCCGCACGCUCAGAGAAGUAGUCCAGCCACCCCACAACCAUCCAGUCUGACUCCCGCAGCUGCACGCUGCACGCUGCACGCCGCACUCAACCCGCUCCUUUCAGCAGUGAGAUAGCGCUGAGUUGGUGGUGAGUGUGCGAGGAUAACAGACCUCUGCAGCCUCGUUGCACCUGAGACUCCGAGCCGGCCGCAGCAGAGAUGGUGAUGAUGACGAUGAGGAUGCAGCAGAACUCACGCAGCCUUCUGGUCCUUCUCCUCGUGGUCUUCAUCGCAGGGAUAGUUCUGUCUGGUCCCUCGCCUCCCCGCAGGAGCAGAGUGCGUCGUCAGAACAUGAAAGUCCGCAUCAACGCCACAGGAGACACCAUAGUGAUGACGUUUCUGCGUCCGAACGCUGACACCAAGCUGGAGGGCUACAUCCUGGGCUACGGCAGCAGCAUGUUCUCCAAACAGUUCAUUCAGCUGCCCGAAAACGGACAGCCGUACGAGACAGAGUUUGAUGCUGAGCCCAAGUACCUUAUCGCCGUGCAGCCCAUCCCGACCAAUGAGGUGAAAAAGCAGUGCACAGGUAAAGUGGAACUGCAGAAGCCGCUGCACUUAGUGAUCGGGUCGGUGACGCCCACUUCAGUGCUCCUGUCCUGGGGGACGCUGCUGAAAACCCCUUAUGAAGGCAAUAUCAUGAAUGAGUGUCUAGAGGAUGGACACUAUACUGUGCGGUAUCGUGAGAAGAACAGGAAGUGGAACUACCAGACCUGCCCUACGAGUGACACGGUCAUCGACAAUCUGAAGCCCAACGUGGUCUACGAGUUUGGUGUCCAGCCGAACGCUAAGGACGCCACUGGAAUGUGGAGCCGGCCGGUCAUUCACAACAUCAGCACAGGGGGCAUAGAGGAGAAGGCCAUCAGGAAAAUCUUUAAACGACCUUUCAAUCCUGUGAAACCUUUAACACCAGGUCCACGCUCCUUCCCCUUUGCUCCUCGCCAUGUUUUCCAUAACAAGACCCAGGGCAGACUUCCCAUCUCCCGGAACAUAGCCACAAAGGCAACUCUUGCUCCAACCACAACUACUAGACAGGAAUCUCUGUCAACUCCUGGACCCACAACGCCUAUGGUCACCAAACAGCCAAUCGACAACCCAGGAGAAGACCUCUCCAGAUCUGUCCUGCCUCCUUUCCUUGAAAUUCCAUUAGCUCCCAAGUUCCAUCCUCCACUACACAUUACACCCACCAUGACGUCUGUACCAUUCCCUCACACAAAUGUUGAAGGUGCCAUCCGUGAUAAACAUGAAGGGUAUUCUUUGAGUCAGCCACAACAAAAGCCCAUUACACAGCCUUUACCAAACCUGCAGCUCCAGCCACACUAUCGACCACCACCACAACCAAAGCCCCAACCCCAACAACCUCAACUUAAGUCCCACGUGACGGCUCAGCCUCAACCAAAAACCUAUUCCCAAAAUCAACCACAAUCACAACCCCUAUCAACUUCCCAGCCCAUAACCAACUCACGACCGCAACAUGAACCAGAAUCUGAGCCCAUACCUAAGACCCAACCACAACCCGAGCCAACAUCCAAGCUCAUACCAAAGAGUCAACCUCAACAACAACCCCGACCAACAUCCCAGACAGUAUCCCACACACAACCACAACCCCAACCAACAUUAAAAAUCAUACCCCAGACCCAUACUCAACCACCACCCAAAUCAACAUCCAAGCACAUCAUCCAAACCCAAUCCCAACCAACAUCACAGCCCAUCAUCCAAACCCAAUCCCAACCAACAUCACAGCCCAUCAUCCAAACCCAAUCCCAUCCAACAUCACAGCCCACUCCCCAGACCCAACCACAACUCCAAACCACAUCCCAGUACAUACCCCAGAUCCAACCACAACCCCUACCCCAACCAACUUCCCAGUUCAAACACCAGACCCAAUCUCAACCACCACCCAAAUCAACAUCCAAGCACAUCAUCCAAACCCAAUCACAACCCCAACCAACAUCACAGCCCACUCCCCAGACCCAACCACAACUCCAAACAACAUCCCAGUUCAUACCCCAGACCCAACCACAAACCCUACCCCUACCAACUUCCCAGUUCAUACACCAGACCCAAUCUCAACCACAACCCCAACCCACAUCUCAGCCCAUACCCCAGACUCAACCUCAACUGCAGCCCCAACCAACUUUUCAGCCCAUACCCCUAACCCCAAGUCAAACACAACCCCAACCACCACUCCUGACCAGAGUUCACACCCAGUCUCAAACACAAUCUCAGCAACAGACACAUUUCCAAUCUGAGCCACAAAUCACAACCCAACUCCGGGUAGAUUCACAACCUCAAUCAACACAGCAUCCCAAACAUCAGGCCCAGCAUCAAACCCAACCUCAAAUAAAGACUCAAACAACGCUUCAACCAUCUCCCCAGUCCACACCUAUUACACAUCCUCACAUACCUUCACUGACACCCCAGCACAUACCUCAUACCAAUCAAGCACUACCAAGAAUUCCCAUCCAGUCUCAAUCACAAUCCCAAUCUACAGCUCAGCCGCAAACCCAAACAAAGCCUCAACCAAAGACCAACCUACAGCCUCCAACACAGACUCAACCAACAUCUAAACCAAAAAUCUAUUUUGUAGAAAUCAAGCCCAAGACACAGCCUAAGUCAAAGAGCCAACCAAAACCUAAAACAGAGCUUCAACCAAAGAGCCAACCCACAUCUAAAACACAACCUAAACCAAAGAGCCAACCCAAGCCUAAAACACAACCUAAACCAAAGAGCAAACCCAAGCCUAAAACACAACCUAAACCAAAGAGCCAAUCCAAGCCUGAAACACAGCCUCAGCCAAAGAGCAAACCCCAACCAAAACCCAUACCUAACCCAAAAAAGCAGCCAAAGCCCCACCAAAAAAAGCAACAGAAACCCCAACCAAAGCCAAAAAGCAGGGACCAACAACAACCUCAAGCAAAGACCCAGACCCAAACUCUUCCUCCUUCUCAACCCAUCCCCCAACCACAUCCUUCUUCCAAGACCCAGACUGCAUCCAGGCCCCAAUCACAUCCUCAACUUGGGCCUUCAUUGCAGCCUCAGACCGGAACCUACUCUGAACCCACCAGGGUAACCCCAAGAGAGAAAGUCCCAACGGCUCCUAGUCCACCAGAAGUGGGCAAGCCUCUACCAAGACCUGCCCUGGCUACAGAGAAAGCCGGUAGUCACAAUCUUGGUACUGGCAUUCUCAGACCAUCCAUUGCUGAAGUCCCUCGUUCUCCCAUUAGCUCAUCAGUUCCUGCAGCAAGAAGAAACACCACGCUGUCUCGCACCCGGGUUCAUUCCACACGAAUUGGUGUCAGACCAGUCUCUCCAUCCAAGACACUGACCUCUUCUCACAGCUCCAGCACACCUGGGGCCGAUGGGACUCAUCAUAGGGCCAAUGCUCUUCCUAAGCCUGUGGUGUGGUCCAAGGAAAACCCUGUUCUGCAUCCCCCUAUUCCUGUCAACAAGAGACCCAACCUGGUGGGGAAGCCCAGUGACCACGAUAAACCCAUGGACCUGAAACAGGGAGACAAGGAGUCCAUCUUGAAGCCAUUCCCCCUGGUCACAGCCAAGCCCAAGCAAGAGCGAAGACAGCAGACAGCCACCUCUGCCCCAGCAGUAAACAGCAGCCAUUUUGACAUAUAUGAGAACUCUUCCAUAUUCAGGCCCCUGCCUGCGUCAGAUAUUGACAUCAUGGGCAAGAAGCGCUUUGUAGCUCCCCAUGUGAUCUACAAGACGGAUAAAAAGCCGGAUGAGCCGUGCUCCAUCACCUCCUCUCUCUCCUUUUUCCCCGACGAGGAGGGCAGUGAUCAGAAUGUGACCGGCCCUCCCCGCAUACCACCCUCCAACCUCACCGUGGUUACCGUGGAGGGAUGCCCGUCCUUUGUCAUUCUGGACUGGCAGAAAUCCGACAAUGAGACCAGAGAGUACGAAGUGGUGUCCACCGCCAAAGGGCCGAAUGGACAGGAGGUGUCCAUACUGACGACCAACCAGACACACACGGCCGUGGAGAAUCUCAAACCGGAGAGCAAUUAUGAAUUCAAAGUAACACCAAAGAAUGAGCUGGGAACCGGACCCUCCACUGAUCCUGUGACUUUUAGCACAGAAUCAGCGGAUCCGCGCGUGAGCGAAUACGUCGCAGGCAAAGACGCCAUCUGGACUCAGUUCCCGUUUAAAGCUGACGCCUACUCCGAAUGCAAUGGGAAGCAGUUUGUGAAGAGAACCUGGUACCGAAAGUUUGUAGGGAUCCAGCUGUGCAACUCGCUGAGAUACAAAAUCUACCUGAGUGACUCGCUCAAUGGUAAGUUCUACCACAUUGGGGAUCAGACGGGGCACGGUGAGGACCAUUGUCAGUUUGUAGACUCCUUCCUGGACGGGCGGACCGGCACCCAGAUGUUGGCUGACCAGCUGCCAAGCAAGCUAGGGUUCUUCAGAGCAUUGAGACAGGAGCCCGUUCACUUUGGAGAGAUUGGAGGAAAGUCCCACAUCACCUACGUUGGCUGGUACGAGUGUGGCACGCCCAUACCUGGGAAGUGGUAAGGUCCCACGUAGCUGGUGAGGAGGAUGACUCCCGAGGUGGUGAGGAAGAAGAAGAUGCCUGUAUAGGAUGGUCGGCUUAUUUUUUUAAAAAUGUUUUCACGUCACAAUGGACACUCUCUGUUUGAACUCGGCCAACUCUCCCAGGUAUGAAACUCUAUAGGACUAUUACAUAUCACAAAUCUCUGUCGAGUGCAUUUGUAACAUUGGUCAUAAUUUCUCUAUUUAUCAAAAAAAUGCCACGACGGACAGAAGAGUGCAGGAGUGUUUGGUGAACCAAAAAUGUUGAAUAUACAGUAAAUCGCAGAAAAUAUUGGGAAGCUGGCUCCCAAAGUGUAAUAACGUGUAUAUUAUUUAUCAAGGGUCUGUUAUUGAAUAUUCAGUGUGCUUGGACGUUUGAGACAGGAAAGUAAAAGUCGUUCCCGGCACCUGAAUGUCAGUGAGCACACAUGUCGGUCAUUUGUAUACAGAAAGGUGCCAAUCAUUCUUUCAUUGUACAUUUUGACUAUGUAAAUUACAAGCACACACACGGACAUGCAGAACUGACCUUCUGCUGACCCUAAAGGAUUAUUAGCAGUUGCUGUUUGCACAGUAUUAAACAUUUGUUCAUAUAUGUAUAUGGUGUGAAAUACAGUAUGUAUACCAGUGAUCAUAGAAACAUUUCAGGUAAAAGAUAAAGCAGUUUUAGCCAAAUUGUUGAUCUAUAUUGUAAGAAAACCAAAGUUUGAGCGCACUUGCAAUGGGGUCACUUGAAAACAAAAGCAUUUUUUGUAUGCCUGUGCUGUCAUAUAUUGUUGAAUAAAAUAAAGAUUGAAAUAUAUAUAUAUAAAAAUAGAAAUAAACUGAGCUUCAAUGUGGAAAUGAUAUAAUUUAUGUUUUUUCUGUUCAAAUCAUUGGAGAGAAAACGCUCCAGUUUUUCCACAGCUGUCAUGACGACGGGUGUUUUUGACGCGCCAUUUAUGUUUCCAGCAAUAAAUCUUGUUUUUAUAUUUCCUGAUAUAUCCAUUUGCCUGUUAUGGUAAAGAAAGGUUGGAGUUUUUUGAAAAUAUAUUAAGAGUAGAUGGGCUGAUCGAAACUGCCAAUUUUGCUUAAGAAUUACUUUUUGCGCAACAUGAUUUUUAAGCUUAAAUGGCAAAAUUGUUUGCAUAGGAGGUUUAUCACCAGUAGAACUGUUUUUGUUCCUGUUAGACACUGAUCUGAAUUGUUCGGAAGAGUCUUCCGGCCAUGCACAAAAUGAGAGGGAUGUUUUUGCC